AUAGUGUUUUCAAGUUUCAAAUCUGUGAUGGAAUGAUAAGUCCUGAUGAGUAAAAAAUAUAAAUAAAGAAGAGAGAGAAGAUGAAGAGAGGUCAUUAAAAUCCAGAACCAAAAAAUAUAGCUAGCUUAAUUGGCUUUCACCUUUAUUUUCUUAUUUUCAUUGUAUUUUUUACCACUCUCAGUGAGUCUUCUCUCUUUAUUCUUUACAUAAGAGAGACAUUACUAUCAGAUGGUUUUGUAUUGAGAAAAAGGAAACUCAUUUCUUGGCAAUGUAAGAAGUGAGCAAAAUCUGGUGACAGUAGAUAUGUUUAAGAACCAACUUCAAGAACUUGCACAAAGAAGCUGUUUCAAUCUUCCUUCUUAUGGCUGUAUUAGAGAAGGACCUGAUCAUGCACCAAGAUUCAAAGCUUCUGUUAACUUCAAUGGCGAGAUCUUUGAAAGUCCAAGUUACUGCACUACAUUGAGACAAGCAGAACAUGCAGCAGCUGAAGUAGCCUUAAAUGUUCUUUCUUCUAGAGGCCCUUCAAGGUCUCUAACUGCAAGAGUUCUUGAUGAAACUGGAAUUUACAAGAACCUUCUUCAAGAAACUGCACAUAGGGCUGGGCUUAAUCUUCCUGUAUAUACUACUGUGAGGUCAGGUCCUGGUCAUGUCCCAACUUUUACUUGUACUGUGGAGCUUGCUGGUAUGAAUUUUACAGGUGAACCAGCCAAGACAAAGAAACAAGCAGAAAAAAAUGCAGCUAUAGCGGCUUGGUCUGCUUUGAAAAGAAUGCCUAAUCUGAAUUCUUUGACAAACAAAGAAGUUGAUCAAGCAGUUCUUGAAAGAGUCCUAUCAAAUUUUAGAUCCAAAGAAGAAUAUAGACAAUCAAGAAAGAAAGAUUAUGGCCAGUCAAGAAAAAGAAUGGUUAGGGGUUCUGCAUCAUCAUCAACGUCUUCUUCUUCUUCUUCUUCUUCUUCUUCUUCUUCAAACCCUCAUAAUAACUCCCUACAAAAACAAAAUUGGAAGUUAUUGGAUCUUUUAUUGGAUUCUGCUUUAGAACAUUCAAUAAAAAAUCAAAGCUCUUUUGUUUCUCUCCUUCCUCCACCACCACCAAGAACAGCUUCAAAGAUUUUGCCACCAACGACAGAUAAUCAAAUUCCAUACUCAUCAUCAAGAAUGGUCAUCAAUCAAAUUCAAGAUAAUAAGGGCAAGAUUCAAGUUCCAAUAGAAGAGCAUAAAAAUGAUGAGGAAGAAUGGCUAAUGGGUAUCAAGAAACCAAUUGAAAAGCAAAAUUCAACUUCUUUAUACAACCGAUUUCCUAAUAGCAGAAUUCUUGGGUCAUCAUCAUCAAAUUAUUCAAGAAUUCAAAUGGGUAACGCUAAUUACUAUCAUCAUAGGAUUGCUCCAGCAGUGCAAAUUAGGUCAGUGAUUCCAGUAUGUGCAGCACCACCAUCAACAACAUCAGUAAUUACUGCUUCAUCUUCUUCAAAAUCUCCAACAAAGGCAGGAGCAGCAGAGGUUUCAGUGGUUAAUACCAAGACAGAGUCAAACCCAACUGCUCAGCAACUCAGUACUGAAUUGAACAAGAAGCUACAGUUAUGAAAUGAAAAAGGAAACUAGGAAAAAAAAGAAUAUAAUUAGAAAAAAUUUUCUAGCCAGUUUUCAGUUGAUGGGUUGUCACCUAAUUAAUUGCAAUUAGUGUAUUUUUUGCCUCUCAACUAAAUUAAGAACACAAAAUCAUGGCUUUGGUUUGGGUUUUGUCUAAUGGUCUUCUGAUUAACUUUUGUACUUGUUAGAUGAUAUAAAUUUUACAACUUCCACCUUCAUCUAUACAUUUACUGCACCAGAAGAAAGAGACAGAGAGAGCAUUAAAUGGGAUCUGGAAUGGUGGGUUGCAGAAGAUAAGAGGGGUAGCAAAUAGCAAUGAAGGCACAGUCUGAGAGAGGACGAACAGAAAAUUGCAGCGAUAAACGGGAGCAAUUAAUUUACUCUCUCUCUCUCUCUCUAUUAUCAGACCAGAAUUUAUUAGUCUUGUCUUCUCCAUUAAUGCACUCUUCCUUCUUUUUCUUA